UCGAGUUUUUCUAAUUUCGAAGAAAUCACAGCGAGCCUACAUCAUCGCUUUAAAGCGAUAUUUGCUACAGAAAUCGCAGCCUUACCCGCUUUACCGACCUUCUCGCCCUCGUCAACCCCGCAAGCCCUUUCAAUGGCGCCCGCGAAAGAUGGCUAUCGACCUUUUCCCCCUUGACUACGAUCCAAUGGACGUUGAUAAUCCAAUUGAGCUUGGGGUGCCUCAAUGUCCAGUCAUGGGCUAUGAGUACUGCAGUGAUAUGGAACUUUUCCCUCCGUCACCAGUGACUCUUCUCAGAGUCCCUUCGCCAGUUCCUUUGCGUAACUGCGUGUCUUCUGCUUCUGCGCUCAGCUGCAUACAUGCGGCUGCUGUGCGUGGUCGCUUUUCUUCCAGCCCUUCCCGUGGCCACCGCUCUUCUGCUGCAUUUUUCGCUUCGUCGGCUCCGUCCUCUCCUUUUCGUUUGGCUGCCGCUAAUGACGGUGCUGACCAGCAGCACCGUUGUCCUGCAAUCCCAUUGUCGCGGGAUAACUCUUCUCUCAUGCCUUCUCGCCGUGAGACCAUGUCCCCACUAGUGCUAGAGGCCACGCAUAACCCAGUAAAUGGCUCCACUGCCGAGCUUGCCGGUAGCGUUGAAAAGUACUGCAAAUCAAUCUUGACACAAAGACAGAUACCUUUCACUAUCUUCUUUGCCUUGGGGAAACACAUAAAGCUAGAUUCAAUCUAUAACCGCCAUAUGUGCCUUUGGCUAUUUACUUAUUCUUUACAAUGUGCGUUUUAUAAUACAUAGCCAUAAUAAAGUUACAAACAUCAG